AUGCCAUAUAAAACUAAAAUAGGCUUGCAACCUGCAAUUUGGUUUUAAUGUGAAUUGAUUCAAGGGAUUUACUAAGUAAUAAUUAUAAUAAUAUUAGAUCAUUUGGAAUUAUUUUUAAUUAAAGAAACUUCUGCAACUUUAUCCCUCAAGGUAGAUGUAUCUUUAAUGA